AUGAAGAACACGAAGCUGAGCAACGACUACCCUCGAUUUUGCCAGAUCUGCAAGCGGUUGUUCCCUACCGGGAAAGCCAUGGGCGGCCACAUGAGAUCUCACUUAGCAUUGGCCAAGCUCCCCUCCAGUCGCCACCGUCCUACAGCUACUCCUCCGCCUCAGCCAGCUCAACUCCGCCGUCCAGAUCCGGUGACCUUGGUUCCCUCCAGCUCUUCCAAUAAUUCCUCCACUAGUCUCUCCAUCAUCAACUUCGUCCCUCCGUUCUCCCCCGAUCGGGGUCACUCCUCCGACGGGUACUCCCCCACCGGCGGCCACAUGACUCGCCGCAGAUCCAAGCGCAAGCGCCGCCAAAUCCAAUCCACCAGCAGCACAGAGGCUCGAUCCGAGGAGGAGGAAGUAGCUAUGUGCCUGUUGACGCUUUCUCGAGAUCCGCAGCUCCUCGACUUGGUCUGGAAAGAUAAAGACAAAAAUAAAAAUCAAGAUGCCUUUGCUGCUGCUGAUGAUAAUAAUAUGGAAGCUUCACAACGCAAGGGAAAAGCUCCGAUUGCGGAUUAUCAUGACGACGAUGAGUCGUGUUGUGGGCAGUACAGAUGCGAGACGUGCAAUAAGGGGUUCCAAUCCUACCAAGCGCUGGGUGGCCACCGUGCCAGCCACAACAAGUCCUCCUCCGCCGCCAAAUCCCUAGCGGACGACGGAGGAGAGGAUGAAGAAGAAGAAGAAGGAGGAGGAGGAGGAGACUGCGACGACGACGAUGAUGAUGAGGAUUAUCAGGAGGAGGAGGAGGAAGAUCAGGAUCUGGAAGUGGUGGCUAUGAAUAUUAGCAAUGGUGUUACCGGCGGCGGAGGAGGAUCGGGAGCGGGUCAGGCGGUCCGAAGGCAGUUUCCUUGCUCGUUUUGCGGGAAGGUGUUCGACUCCGGUCAGGCGCUCGGCGGGCACAAGAAAAUACACAUGUCUUAUCACCACCACCCACCGCCGCCGCCGGCAGUCACGAGGUGUAGUACGAGCACUAGUACGGCCACAACUGUGGACGAGCUGAGAGUACCACAGCUGGUGUUUCCUCCAGGUGGAAGGUUGAUGAUAGAUCUCAACUCCAGCCCAUUGGAUGACGACGAAAGCGAUGAGGUUUAUCAACCCCCUAGGGUUCAGCUUUAA